AUCAACUCCAGUUCCAGUUUCGAAUAAACAAGAACCGGCCGGAACCAAACCGUUUUAUUAAUAAUCAACAAAUUGCAAAGCAGUGAUCCCAUCCUAAUUAAGGCUUACUCACCCCACCCGCACCUCACUCACGGCCUCUCAAGGUCUAUCUUCCUUGUCGACGCUCUCCGUUUACUUCUUCGUUAAUGGGGAAACGUCCUCACCUUUGAAGAGAGAGAGAGAGAGAGAGCAAUUAAGGCAAAUUCUUGUUAAGAAAAAAACCCAUUUAUCAAUUUCAUCAGCCGCUGCUUUUGCAAUCACACCAAAAACACUUAUCCACGGAAGCUGCUUUCUGCUGAUUUCAGGUCUCCGUUACUGUUUCUUCAGAGUUAAAGAUUGUCUCUGUCUCUCAAAUCCACUGUAUAUCUUUGGCUCUUUUUUCUUGGUGAGAAUUGGAGUUUUCGAUCACCAUACAUGGAGUCCGGCCAGAAGAAGCCGCAUGUGGCAGUCCUAGCAAGCCCAGGGAUUGGCCACGUUACCCCACUCCUCGAGCUAGCCAAACGACUCGUCGUUGACCAUGGCUUCCAUGUCACCUUCCUUUCCAUCACCACCGACGCACCACCCGCACAGCUCCAGCUCCUCAGCAACCCCUCUCUCCCUUCCGACCUCCAUGUCGUCAGCCUCCCCCGCGUCGACGUGUCCCAACAACCCAUCGGUAUCUCAGUUCGCAUCUUUCUCGUCGUCCAAGAAACCCUAAAGUCUCUGCCAUUUGUCCUGAAAAACUUACAACCUCCGAUCAAAUCUCUCGUUGUCGAUCCUUUCUGCAUCGAAGCACUCGAAAUCGCCGCUGACCUUUCCAUCCCCACUUACGUUUUCAUGACUUCUUCCGCUUCGCUUCUGGCGUUGACCUUGUACUUCCCCACCAUCAACGCCGAGGUCAACGGCGAUUAUUCCAAAAUCGCCGAGGAGGUUAUUGUUCCCGGCUGCAAGCCCCUGUUGCUUGACGAUCUUGUCCCCGGAGUUUUGUCGCCAGAGUAUUACCUAUGUGCAACAGAUUUCCGACCGUGAAGGGCAUUUUAGUAAAUACGUGGGAAGAACUCGAGCCGGUGACCCUUCUUAGCCUUAGAGAAAACCUUUUCUUUCUUGGUCUGCCAGCGCCGCCGGUUUAUCCCAUUGGACCGUUGACCAAAGAGGACAAACCAGUAACAUCAACAUUGGAAUCUUCGAGGUUUCUGACGUGGCUGGACGAGCAGCCAGUCGGUUCGGUUGUUUACAUCUCAUUCGGUAGCGGAGGGACUUUGUCGAGGGAACAGAUGAUUGAGUUGGCGCGGGGAUUGGAGCUGAGCCAAAAACGGUUUGUUUGGGUGGCGCGGCCUCCAAACGACUCGAGCGCGUCGGGGAGUUUUUUUAAGGCUGGUUUCAACACGGACGAUCCGGCGUCAUAUUUGCCGGAAGGGUUUUUGGAUAGGACGCGAGGGAGAGGAUUGGUGACAUCCUCGUGGGCCCCGCAAGUUGCAGUUCUGAAUCAUCGGUCUGUGGCUGGGUUUGUGACGCACUGCGGUUGGAAUUCGGUGUUGGAGAGCGUAUUGCAUGGGGUGGCGAUGAUUGCGUGGCCGCUGUACGCCGAACAGAGGAUGAAUGCGAGGUUUUUGGUGGAUGUGGGAGUUGCGGUGUGGCCGGAGGCGGAGGAGGAUGAUGGGAAGAGAGUGGUGGGGCGUUGCGAGGUGGAGAGGGUGGUAAGGACGAUUUUGGAGGAUGAGGAAGGAGAAGGGGUGAGGAGGAGGGUGAGGGAGCUUCAAGGCACUGCCGUGAAAGCUUUGGAAGUCUAUGGGUCAUCUAAUGGAUCCCUCGAGGGACUGGCGAAAGAGUGGCGGGAGGCUUAGUUCUUCGAUUAGUUUGAUGUGCGUAAAAAUUUAACGAUCUAUUGACAAAUAAAUAAAUAAAUAAAAUAUGGGUAAAUUAUAUAGUAGCCCCUCAGGUUUGAGCUCUAUUGCAAUCUCAUACAACAUCUUUAAAACAUUUCACUUUCA